AUGCAAGAAACAGUCAAGACACUUCAACAAUCUAUUGACGACCUUUCAUUGAAAUAUGACUCGGUGCUUGCUAAGGCAACCGAAAACGAAAAGAACACCGAAGCACUCCAGGUCCGGUUGGCUGAGGUGUGCAGUGUUGUGGACGAACAAUCGCGUACUACCCAGCGACUGCAGGGAGACUUGAACCACUUGGAGCAGCGGAGUCGGUCGACAAACCUGGAAAUCCACGGACUGCCAUGCCACAAGGAUGAAAACUUGGAACGAAUCAUCGCCGAUCUUGGAGACAAAUUAGAUUUGCCUCCACUCCAAGCAGGAGACGUCCUUGCCAUCCACCGUCUUGCAACGAAGCCCGGCCCUGCGUCCCCAGUUUUGAUAAGGUUUGCGUCCGUGAAGGUGUACGAUGAAUGGAUGAGCCGUCGCGUACGAUUGAGCUCACUUUAUAAUUCAGGUAAACUGCCGAAGGUUUACUUUAACGAAAACCUGACUCGAGCAAACAGAGAAUUAUUCUGGAUGGCCAGGUCAAAAGCCAAGGAAGUGCUAUUUAAAUAUGUCUGGGUAAAGGGAGGGAAAAUUUUUGCGAAAAAAGAACAAGGCUCAGCGCUAGUCAGGGUAAACACAAUCAACGACCUUGAGAAUAUAAGCUAA